UCAAAACUAUUGGGGACGAAAGUAAAUCACCAACUUGGAGUGGAGUGACAGACUUUUGAGUAGAGAAACGUGGACUGAAGAAGAGAAAAUGUGGCGCCGGAGCUUUAGCGCGACGCCUGGUCAAUUGACUAAGAAGAAAUGGGACGCGUUGGUGAUCGGCGGCGGCCACAACGGUUUGGUAGCUGCAGCUUACCUAGCGCGCGGCGGUCUCUCCGUGGCAGUUCUCGAGCGACGCCACGUCAUCGGCGGGGCGGCAGUGACGGAGGAGAUCGUUCCGGGCUUCAAAUUCUCACGCUGCAGUUACGUCCAGGGACUAAUUCGUCCAUGCAUCAUUAGUGAUUUGGAGUUAGGCAGACACGGGCUUAAGCUUCUGAAGAGGAGUCCUGCGUCGUUUACGCCUUGUUUGGAUGGGCGUUAUCUUCUUCUAGGCCCAGAUCAGGCGCUUAACCACUCUGAGAUUUCCAAGUUCUCGAGAAGUGAUGCUGAAGCUUACCCAAGAUACGAGAAGCAGCUAGAGAGGUUUGGUAGAUUCAUGGAUACUCUCUUGGAUGCAGCUCCUCCAGAGUCUCUGCAAGGUGACUCUUCUUUUAAUGACAAGCUGAGCAAUAAGUUGCACAAAUCUGCUUUCUGGGCUCGGUGUCUCCGCCAAGCAGCUUCUUUGGGGCAAAAGGAUAUGGUGGACUUCAUGGAUCUUCUAUUGGCCCCAGCUUCAAAAGUUUUGAACAACUGGUUUGAGUCUGAUGUCCUGAAGGCGACUCUUGCAACAGAUGCUGUGAUUGGAUCUACGGCCAGUGUCCAUACUCCUGGAAGUGGAUAUGUCUUGCUACAUCAUGUGAUGGGAGAAUCAGAUGGAGAGCAUGGCAUUUGGUCUUACGUCGAAGGUGGGAUGGGCUCUGUCUCCAUGGCUAUAGCCAAUGCUGCAAAGGAAGCUGGCGCUCAAAUUUUCACAAACGCAGAGGUUUCUGAAGUGUUGACUGAGGAUUCUAGCAGCGUGAAAGGGGUUUUGCUUGCUGAUGGUACACGGGUGGAAUCAUCGGUUAUAUUGUCCAAUGCAACCCCUUACAGAACUUUUGUGGAGCUGGUUCCGUCCAAUGUUCUUCCUGAAAAGUUCGUCAGUGCUAUAAAGAACUCAGAUUACAGCUCAGCAACUACCAAAAUAAACAUGGCUGUUGACAAGUUACCGCAGUUCCAAUGCUGUAACAACACUAAUCAUUCGGGACCAGGACCAGAGCAUUUCGGCACUAUACACAUUGGUGCAGAGACCAUGGACGAGGUUCACACAGCAUGUCAUGAUGCUGAAAACGGCUUACCAUCAAGAAGACCAGUGAUCGAAAUGACUAUUCCAUCCACACUAGACAAUACCAUAUCUCCUCCAGGGAAACAUGUAAUCAACUUGUUCAUCCAAUACACUCCUUACAAGCCAUCAGAUGGAACCUGGGAAGAUCCUGUGUAUCGAGAAGCAUUUGCACAAAGAUGUUUCAAAUUGAUUGAUGAAUAUGCACCUGGGUUUAGCUCAUCCGUCAUUAGCUACGAUAUGCUGACUCCUCCCGAUCUCGAAAGGGAAAUUGGUCUAACAGGAGGAAACAUCUUUCACGGUGCCAUGGGAUUAGAGUCUCUCUUCUUGAUGCGGCCGGUGAAAGGAUGGUCGAACUACAAAAGUCCUUUGAAAGGACUCUACUUGUGCGGAAGUGGAGCUCACCCCGGAGGUGGAGUUAUGGGCGCACCGGGAAGAAACGCAGCUCUUGUUGUUCUUCAAGACUUGAAAUAAAUCUAGAGACGUCAAUGUUAACUGUAUCUGUUUAGGAGGACUCUUUGACUUCAACUUAAAAACUUCUGUUGCUUUGUACUUCGCUGUCUCUCUUGGUAAGGACAGAUGUGUUACUAUCCAAUAAGAAGCCUCCACGUGUAUGUUUACCUAAAAAAGACCUAAGUGGCUAAAGGAACAAUUAUGAGAAGUGAUAAAAAGCACAUUGGCGCCGCAAAAUACGAAGGAAAUCUUCGAUGGAAAAUCUUUCUCCUCUACGAGACGACGAUGAGGAAAACGAAGUAGACGAAGCCAAAAUGCUCCUCAUCGGUGAGAACGGAACCAACGGUGAUAGCUUCUCUCCUCGGUCCGACGGUGCACCGGAGCUCCAGCAUUACACUAUCCGCUCCAUCAAGUCAACGGUCGUGAUUCGUCAACUGACGUCACAGGGUCUCUCCUUCCAGCUCUGGCCAGCCGCUUCUACUUUCGUCGCGCUUCUCGAUAACUACCGCCUCGACCCUGCCAACAGCCCCCUCGCCGCAACACUCUCCUCGCUGAAACCCGCCGGCUCUACUACUACACCGAUGAACAUUCUCGAGCUCGGAUCCGGAACCGGCGUCGUCGGAAUCGCCGCGGCGAUCACUCUUUCCGCUUCCGUCACGGUGACGGAUCUCCCGCACGUCCUCGACAACCUCAGCUUCAACGCAGAGGCGAACGCUCAGACUGUGGCGAGAUUCGAAGGUCAAGUCCACGCGGCACCGCUUCGUUGGGGAGAGGCUGAUGACGUGGAGCUUCUGGGGCCGAACGUUGACUUGGUUGUAGCGUCUGACGUGGUGUACCACGACCAUCUGUACGAGCCUCUACUGAAAACGCUGCGUUUAAUGGUGGCGGCGAAGGGGUCAGAGGGGAAGAGGCUGAUAUUUCUGAUGGCUCAUCUAAGGAGGUGGAAGAAAGAGUCUGUCUUCUUCAAGAAAGCUAGAAAGGUCUUUGAUGUUGACGUUAUACACUCUGAUGAGCCUCGAAAUGGUGCAAGAAGCGGCGUGUUGGUUUACCGUUUUGUCGCGAAACAACCGAAUCAAAAUGGUCGGAUUGUUUCGUGUUAACAGUUUGCAAAUUUUCAGGAUUAAUUUCUUAUGUGUUUAUCAAAAGAUUUCCACAUUAUGAAGCAAUUUGGUUACUCUUUCUA